CCGUCGUGGGCGCCGCUCCUGGCAGCUGGGUGCCUGUGGGAUCCUGGACCGCGGCGGCACGGGUGCUCCGGGCCGAGGCCGCAGUAAAGUGGGGCGUGAGGCGCACGGCUGCGCCGGGGCGGGGAGUGUAAUGGUCAAGCCCAGAAAUGCCUUAUGUGGAUCGUCAGAAUCGAAUUUGUGGUUUUCUAGACAUUGAAGAAAAUGAAAACAGUGGGAAAUUUCUUCGAAGGUAUUUUAUACUGGAUACCAGAGAAGACAGUUUUGUAUGGUACAUGGAUAAUCCACAGAACCUACCUUCGGGAUCGUCACGUGUUGGAGCCAUUAAACUUACCUACAUCUCAAAGGUUAGUGAUGCAACUAAACUGAGGCCAAAGGCAGAGUUCUGUUUUGUUAUGAAUGCAGGAAUGAGGAAAUACUUCCUACAAGCCAAUGAUCAGCAAGACCUAGUGGAAUGGGUAAACGUUUUGAACAAAGCUAUAAAAAUUACUGUACCAAAGCAGUCAGACUCACAGCCUAAUUCUGACAACCUAAGUCGCCAAGGUGAAUGUGGGAAGAAGCAAGUGUCUUACAGAACUGAUAUUGUUGGUGGUGUACCCAUCAUUACUCCAACUCAGAAAGAAGAAGUAAACGAAUGUGGUGAAAGUACUGACAGAAAUAAUUUGAAACGGUCACAAAGCCAUCUUCCUUACUUUGCUCCUAAACCACCCCCAGAUAGUGCAGUUAUCAAAGCUGGAUAUUGUGUUAAACAAGGAGCAGUGAUGAAAAACUGGAAGAGAAGAUAUUUUCAGUUGGAUGAAAACACAAUAGGCUAUUUCAAAUCUGAACUGGAAAAGGAACCUCUCCGUGUGAUACCACUUAAAGAGGUUCAUAGAGUCCAGGAGUGUAAGCAGAGUGACAUAAUGAUGAGGGAUAACCUGUUUGAAAUUGUAACAACAUCUCGAACUUUCUAUGUGCAGGCUGAUAGCCCUGAAGAGAUGCACAGUUGGAUUAAAGCAGUCUCUGGCGCCAUUGUAGCACAGCGGGGACCUGGCAGAUCAGCAUCUUCUAUGCGGCAGGCCAGAAGGCUGUCGAACCCUUGUAUACAGAGGAGCAUUCCAGCUGUCCUUCAGAAUCCAAAUACACUGUCCGGCCUGCCUGUGCAGCCGCAGCCACCUCACAUUCCACAGCCUCUCGCAGCCACUCUCUGGUCUCAAGCUUUACCAUGGAGAAGCGAGGAUUUUACGAAUCUGUUGCCAAGGUCAAGCCAGGGAACUUCAAGGUCCAGACUGUCUCUCCAAGAGAACCAGCUUCCAAAGUGACUGAACAAGCUCUGCUAAAACCUCAAAGUAAAAAUGGCCCUCAGGAAAAAGAUGGUGACCCAGUGGACCUGGAUGAUGCAAGCCUUCCAGUCAGUGAUGUGUGAGGUGGAAGCAUGUGGGGUCCACCUGCCCCAUCCGCCCCUCAGUGUCCUUCCAUGAGGCUUCUAGCCAAAGAUGAUAAAGUGAGAUGGCUUUUUGUGCACAUGUUGUGUCUUAGAUGUCCUCUUUAUAAGCUUGUAAACCAAGAAUCUAGGGAAUGGCCAAACUAAGCAUUAAUUUCUUUAAGGAAGAAAGAAAAAACCCUAAUCAUUUUGAUGUCAGCGGUCUGAGACCUUGAGUGUUCUUAUUUGGGUGGUAAAAAUGUGUGAUUGUUUUUCAUAGUGACUUUGACAGUUUAAAUGUUUUAACAACAUAAAAAUGCUCAUUAAUUAUUUUGGUCAUUUAAAAAUACUACUUUGACUUCUAAAUGUUCAAUAUUUACACAUUCUUAUUGGUUAAUAUUAAAUGGAAUAUUGUCAGACUAAGAUUCUUAAACCCAUGAUAUCUGUGGUGCUGCAAAAUUUAUACUGCAAGGUGGACUAUUUUUGAUACUCUGGAUCUCGAGGUGAGUGUAAGUUUUGCAUGGAAGAGGCGGUCAGUCUGUUGGUAAGAAUGGUGGGUUGUACAGGGGUGGAGAAAAGGGGAAAAUCAGAAUUGAAGCAACUGUAUCUGAGACACUUGGAAAAGCUUAUUCAGGACUUGCAGUUGUCAGUGCUUUAUUCAGUAAAAAUUAUUUAGUCAGAAAUUUGGGAGAUACCUGAUUUUCCUAUCAAAGUUUUGUACAUAGUUCUUAUUUUGAUACUUGGAUCAGUAAAGACCUCAAAUUUAUAUGUGAAGUCAUAACUGCCCUGAGUCAGUUGCUGUGACCUCGACUUUUUCAUUGUUACUAACCUGUCUUCAAGUGCCUGUGCUUUUUUCAUCUUGUUUAGGAGUGUGCUCAAAAAUCCUAUAUGAUUGGCUUUAAACAUUGGAAUAAAAUUAAUUUUCAGUAGCAUGAUUGAAUGUGUUAAAUAAGAUAGCAUUUUACGUUAGAGAUACCAGAAUGCUGGUAUUCUACUACCUGUGCAAUAUAUAUGUUUUAAAAAAACAAAUUUGAGUGUACAUUUAACCUUGGGGAUAUCAUAAAUGUAAGCACCUCUUGAAAGAAUCCGUGGUUUCAGGUGUUGAAUGAUAGAGCAGUUUUAGAAAGUACUGUUUUGUGAUUCAGUCUAAACAUUUGCUUUAAGAAAAGUCUUGAAUUUCACAUGCUGCUAUUUGUAUGAUAUUUUAACAUUGUACAGUACUGUUUUGUUUUGAAGCAUACAUAUCGCCGUUUCUCCUUUUCAUUUUCUAAGAUGACUUCUUGUCUGAGAGAGAGGAAUUUGCAUCUGGGGCAGUAGGGUCCAGAGGUUAAAAUAUAUUAGAAUUACACAGUAUCAGCUUAAAAAUCCAUAUGCAUAAAAAUGCACCACUCAGCUUUUUUAUUCAUAAGCUAAUAUUUUUAAAGUUAUGUUUAGAUUUUUCUGUUUUGCACCUACAUUAGAAAAUAAUAGAAUGAAAAGGUUUUAAGUAGCUUUCACUUCUUCUGACUUACCCAUUAAUGGCUCUUUUGAAAGUCCCAUUUUCAUGAACACACCUAAAAAACUUGCAACAAUUCAAGAGCCUACUGCUGUUUUCUUUGGUACAGCUUCCACAUUGCAUGUUCAUUUUAGCAUAUUUUGCUAUUGGUAAUUUGAUAUAUUUCAUGGUGGCAAAAUAUUAGCUCUGUUUUGGGGACUUUUUAUAGAAUUACCCUUAUUCAAAUAGCAUAGAAAAAUGUUCUUGUGAUUGUCAGGGUCUCUUAAUAUUUAUCUCCAUUCUUUUAUAAGUUUCUGGAAAUUAUUUAAUUAUUUUAAAACUUAUACUUUUCUUGUAAAUAUGUCAUAUCUGAAGUGUCACCUUCAUAUUUGCUGCAUUUUUCUGUGUACAUGCCAUGUUUUCUUUCAGAAUGGGAACGUGCACCUCCCAAUGUUUACUGUUACGUCUGUUUUCUUUCUGUGUCAAACUGGUUGAACACUGUAAUGACUUGAGAAUAAACUGC